UUCCCUUCUCUGGCAGGAGCAUAAUGCACUCAUUUCCUCCAUUUAUCUCUGCAGCCUGCUGUGUCAGAAGCUCAGUGAGACUGGAUACACGGAAAACAGAGGAGUUAAACAAGGGAGGGGUGAAAAAUGAGAACACUUCAGCUGGCUUAGCACAAAAUACCCUAGGCGUGGUUCUCAAUUCUUUCUUUACGCUCUACGAGGGUCUUCAGAUCUUGGGAGAAAAACAAGGAAAAGGCAGCUGUAAGUGCAAACAGACUGGUAAAAGUCUAAAACAACGCUAAGGCAGUUUGAGGUUUAGAGAAUCACUGAAACAUGACGACUCUCAGCAGUAACCAUGAGGAGAAUUUAAAGGAGAAUCGACACAACGCCGAUGUAAAGGAGGAACUGGAGGACACAUUGCUGCCAGAAGAUGUAUUAUGUGACUCUUGCAUGGACAGCCCCAGCAAGGCACUAAAAUCCUGCCUGACCUGUAUGGUUUCCUACUGCGAGGCCCAUCUCAGACCCCAUUUGGAAAACGCCAAGUUUCAAAACCAUCGUUUGGUGGAUCCCCUCCAUGACUUCGACUGCCAGGCUUGUGAAGUUCAUCAGCUUCCCAUCAAACGAUUCUGUUUGAUGGAUGGCCACUGUGUCUGUCUGGACUGCGAGAGUCAGGAGCAUGAAGGGCACAUGACUACAUCUGUGGAAGAGGCACGAGCAAAGAUUGAGACUGAGCUGCAGAAGAAACACAAAGAGAUCAGUCAGAGUGCCUCAGAAGCUGAGAAAGCAAUUGGGAAACUGCAAGACAAUAAUGAUUUAAUUAAGUUCUCAGUGCAGGAGGUUUGUUUUACAGUUGAACAGCAGUUCUCCAGGCUGCAGACAACUGUGGAGGAGGCCAGAAAAGGAGUGGUGGAGGUUCUGGAAGGAGAACAGAAAAAGGCCCUCAAACAGGCAGAGGGCAUCAAAGCACAUCUGGAGCAGAGAAGAGCAGAGCUGAUGAAAACACUGGCUCAAAUGAACAAACUGUCCAAAAACAAGUCUGAUGUUGACUUUCUGCAGGAGUACUCAGAGUGGACGAGAAGAGAGGUUAAUUCAUGUGUGCCCAGUGUGCACAUUAACCGCAUGGACCAUCUGACCUCUUACAUCCAAGCAGUGACUGAUGCAUCGCAGGAGCUGUGUGACCUGAUUUGCUCCACCUAUAAGGAAAAACUGAGCAGUAUUUGCAACAGUGGUACUAAAUCCUCGAUGCCAGAGUCUUCACUUUCACCCUUGCCUGACCCUGAGACUCGAGACGACUUCUUGAAAUACACAACGAGCUUGACAUUCGACCCGGACACAACCCAUAAUUUUCUGCGUUUAAUGGAGGACAACAGAAAGUUGACCAAUACCAGCCCCUGGCAGCACAGCUACCCAGAGCACCCCAGUCGCUUUGAAUACUGGCGUCAGGCAAUUACUUUGGAGAGCCUGUACCUAGGGAGGCAUUACAUUGAAGCAGAGCUGAGCGGGGAAGGUGCACAUGUUGGUGUCACCUACAAGAGUAUUGAUCGUAAGGGAGAGGACAGCACUAGCUGCAUCACUGGGAAUGAUUUUUCCUGGUGCAUGGGAAGGAACAGCCGGGGGUUUUCUGCCUGGCAUGCCGGUGUGGAGACAGUCUUAGAAGUCUCUGACAUCACCCGGAUUGGUUUAUUUCUUGACUUUCACCGAGGUUGUGUCUCUUUCUAUAAUGUUACCGGUCCUCUGAAGCUGCUUCACAUGUACACCACUGAUUUCAUAGAGCCCUUAUAUGUUACAGUUUGGCUGUCAAAGAAAGACAAUGUAGUUUCUCUGAUUAAGGUAAAAUGAUGGCAAACAAAUUACCAGCAACCUUCAAUUUAAGCCUGUAAAAGAAAAAAAUUGUACAUAAUAAAUGUUUAUUGGCACUGCAUAACAAGGUACACAAAGAUAUUGUACACAAGGAUUAUUUUUCACAUACUUGUCACAGAAGGUUAAAUUUACUACCAUCUAGUGGUAACUGUGCAGCAUGAACGUGGGAAGCCUGUGCAGCAGAAGACAUGUUGGAAAUUUACUGCAGCUUUGUUGCGGCUUUACUGCUUUAAUGUGAUAAAAAUGACGGAGAAAAGACACAGUUGAGUGCCGAUAAUUCUUUUAUUUGUUUUGCAAGUUUUAGUGAUUAAAAGCUUCAGUGCCUGUCAGCAA